AUUUACGUGUAACAUAAAAAAACAGGACGCUGCAGUGCUGGUCAUUUUUGUGUUGUGUCUUGACCAGUGACCAUGUGUGUCCGCUUAGUUUUAAUCCUGCUGGUGGUGUUUGUUAUGGAACAGACACACGGACAAUUUCAGAGAAUGUUCCAGGAACCUACAAUAUUGGACAAACCGGCUGGCACGGGGAAAAUUCUUAUUCAGUCGGAACUCAAAAUAGACACCUUGCAUAUGCCCGAUGCCUGCAAAGUACAAGCCAAAACAGGAGAUACAGCCGUAUUUGACUUUGACAUAUGGUUGAAUGACAAUGAGACUAAGUUUGAGACCUCUCAGGAUACGGAAGAAAGGGAGGGACAGAAAAUGGUGCUUGUCAUUGGUUCAGGGAUGGUCAUUCCGGGAGUAGAAGCUGGCAUCACCAACAUUUGCAUUGGGGAGAAAAGGAGACUGGUCAUUCCACCCCACCUGGCCUGGGGAGAGGAUGGUAUCCCAGAUAUUAUUCCAGAGAAUGCCUACGUCACCUUUGACCUGGAGCUUUUGGAAAUCGUACCGAAGACGUGGUCACAAUGGUAUAUAGACAUCGUGCAGGUACUUUGUUCAGUUGGCUUCGUCGUGGGAACCUUCUACCUGUUUGUUCAACAGAUACGUAAUAGGCGGAAACAACAAAGGGAUGCUGCAAAACGGGAACGUAAGCGAUUGAAACUGCGCGCGCGAUUAGAACAAGACGAAGAAGAAGAAUACGAAGAUGAUGAAGAGGAAGAUGAAGAUGAAGGUGAAGAGGAAGAAGAAGAUGAUGAAGAGAAAGAGGAAGAGGAGGAUAAAACCAACGACGGCAAUGACAUGGAUAUACAGAACGAUGAAUGGACAAAGUUCCAAAAACAUACGAAAGCCGAGUAAAGCAUACAUUUACGUAUACGGAUGUCAGUGUAUGUUUGAACGCCUCUGUCUGCAUUUCAUCUCUAGUGAUAUUUACACGUCCUUGUCAGACACUUUAUAAAGUAUGUAUAAGGAACUCCGUUAAAUAAAUAAGAAUUUGGGAUAGUAAUCAUUUUAGUCGGAAUAAAUGAAAAACGUCAGACGAUUAAAAGAAAUGCGAAGCAGUGUUGAGAGUACCGAAAGUUUUUUGUCAUUCACAAGAAUAUUUUUUUCUGCUCAGAAAAGCGCCGAAUUUGAAAACGAAUACUGUACUUGUGGUAGUGUGACAUUUAAAUAUAUCCUUCUGUACGUAUGAACUUAAUCAUGUGCAUUACAUGGUGACCUGGACGCUUUCUUCUACAAAUACAGGAAGCUGACGAAGUGCGUGAUUGUUGGUAAUGUUUGUAGUUUUGUUGUGUUUAUUUAUUUGUAGUUGUUGAUGUGUUUGUGUGACGUAAAUUAAACAAGUUUUAUUUGAAGAGCGAACACGUGUAUUGUUUUUCUGGUUCGUCGGUGUAUUACAUGCCAUUAUGUUUUAGCAGAAUAUCACGUAUAAAACAUUAAUAGUAUUUAAACAUCUAGUGAUUAACAUUCUAAAUCGUGUGAUAUAUAAAUAGUAAAACUUGCCGUUUGUAUUCUAAAUCUUGACACAAAAUGUACUAAAUUAUUCAAAGUGUUAAACGUGUGUGAUUUAUAUAUAAAAUCUUCUUACCUAGUAUCUGUAGGUUGAUUCUGAUGAUGAAUAUUACGUAUCUUGUGAUGCAUAUUCAAAAUCAUGUUUGAGAAAUAUUGUGAUUUUCAGGAAAUGAGAUCUAUCAUCGAUACUCUGUAAGUUGUAUUCUGAAGUUAUAAUUUGAUUUGUAAUACAUUUGUCUUAUGUUUACACAUCUUCAAAUGUCUGUUUAAUAUAAUUUACUAAAGAGUAAUCAAACAUAAUUACGCUUUGAGGUAUCUCGUGCAAUUUGCUUAAAAGAUUGUUAAAAUGAAACAGACAUUUUUACAGGAUUUCUUUCGUGUUUUCAAUUGCUAUCAUUUCUGCCCGGCCACAAAUGACGAUCGGAAUAAUUUCGGAAACUUCAGUCACCAUUUGAUGCUGGCGGCACGACA